AUGCUUCGGGUCGCGCUGGUCUUGACUUUCCCUGCCCUGUCUGCCCUGUCACAGCUUGUGACAGGGCCCGAUCGGUCUUGGAACUCCGCUAGUUCCUCUCCGUGGGUCCUCUCCGUCCAAACUCCCUCAGCUCCUCAACCCUUCGACUUCCGACUAUCCUCGACGAUUCCGACUAUUGACGAUCCGAUUAUCCAUCCCCGCAGAGAGUUAUCGAUCGGUUCUCUACUAGCUCCGCGGCGAGUUUGCGGAUAGCUUCACCAUCCUAGCAGUCAAUGUUUUAGCCUAAUCAAUCCUGGAUUCGUGUCGCUUCUCUUUUGUAUUCAAGACCUCGUCAUUUUGAAUAAAGGAUGCAAGAUGGUCCUCGAUCGUUCGAAAAGGAAGUUUAUCGCCGAUGAAGUCGCAUCAAUGGAUAUUGUCGAGAAGUCUCAGUGUCAUCAGGUUAAAGUCGAGGGGGUCCUCAUUUUCUUAUAAAUACCACCAACUCGUUGUCGGUUUCUUUUCCUCCUCAUCAGCUCCUCCUCCUUGAUCAUGCUUAUUGUUGUGCUUCCGCCUUGGUUAUCGUUUCUGUGCGGAAGCUCCUAGAUUGAAUCGCAAACAUCCAGACGUGGUCCUAGUCGUUGGUCCGAGUAAAUUUCAAUCUGAUAGCGCAAAAGUACUUGAUUAUACCGGUUUCUUCUAUACCACUAUUCCACUGUUGUCCUAAAGCUCAUCGAUAUUGACUGAUUGUCCUUCUCACUGUCCUUGAGCUACAUCAUUGGUCCGAGAAAAAAAAUCCAGAGGCUUCGACCGAGUCGCAUCCAGUUCAAGACCUUCAUUCAGUCAGGAUAAAAUUGUGAUUGCUCCUACUCUAUCCCAGGAAUACCUGGUUGAUAUAAUCUAAUGUCCCGGCAAGAGAAAAU